GUACCGCGAGAUUUGACAGCUAGACAGGCAAACAUGGCGGCUACUGGCUGAAGCGUCCAGUCAACACCUCCGUCUUUAUUAUCACUGUCAGCAGUCGGGGAAUAACCACAACCAAUAAAUAUUGGCGGAGAGAGCCCGUAGACGAACCGUCGCCGUUUUUCGCCUCUUUAUGCCGACGGUAUGUGAAGGCUUGGUCCGCGAGCCCGACAGACAGGAGCGCGAGCUGACACAACAACAGCGGCGGGACUGAGGGCGGACUGUUCCGGCUGCUUCCACCUUUCGCCUCACCUGUCCACACACAGACAUGUCUCACAGGUGAUCUCAGGCCUCUGUGAACCCGGCCCUUGUUCCGUCCUCAUCCCCACCCCCCCCCGCAGAUGAUGUCAUCACCACCAACAAAACACUCCACCACCACCCUCUCCCCCGGGUCCAGGCAGCCACCCUCAACGGCCCUCGACUCGCUGUCCCUGUCGUCCCUCCUGUCCGGGGAUUUGGACGAUGAAGGAGACAGAGGAGGAGGGGAGGAGGACGGGCUGGGAGACUUAGAAGUGAACCCGUACGACGGUUUGCCCUUUUCUUCACGCUACUAUUCCCUGCUGGAAGAGAGACAGCAGUUUCCUAUAUGGAGGCUCAGGCAGAGUCUGCUGGAGCACCUGGAGAGCAACAACAUGGUGCUGAUCAGUGCACCUAGUGGAACGGGAAAAAGCACCCAGGUGCCACAGUGGUGUGUGGAGUAUGCUCUGUCCUAUGAGUUUUCUCAGGGCCUGGUGUGUUGUUCACAGCCGUAUUCAGUGGCAGCGGUGAGUCUGGCCCUCCGCGUGGCUGAUGAGAUGGACCUCAGUCUGGGUCUGGAGGUGGGCUACAGGGUGUCUCAUGAUGACAGCUGUACACCUGACACCCUGCUCAGGUUUGUCAGUGACACUCUCCUGCUAGAGGAAAUGAUGUCAGACCCUCUGCUCCAUCAGUAUGGUGUUGUGGUGUUGGACGAGCUCCAGGAGCGUACUGUGCCCACCGACGUGACGCUGGGCCUGCUGUGUGAUGUCUGCCGGCAGAGGCCAGACAACUUCCGGGUGGUUCUCCUCACUCACCCGGCGCUGGCUCCUCGACUCUCCACCUUCCUAGGACCAUCAGUCCCUCACCUUUCCCUGGACAGUGUGCUCACCGACCCCUCUACCAGAAACCAGGGAGAGGGAUGUGAGGUAGAGGAGGACAGAAGGGCUGUUGAUAUGAACAGUGUGGAGACGUUGUACCGGGAGCUUACAUCGGGGAAGGAACCGGUGGCCGCUGCCUGUCACAUGGUGCUGGAUCUGCACAGAAGAGGAGAGGAAGGAGACAUGAUGGUGUUUCUGGCCAGUGCACAGGAAAUAGAAGAGUGUGCAGCCCUGUUGGAGAAGGAGUGUGUAGCUCUAAGUCCUCAGCUUGGCCCUCUCAGGAUCCUCCCCCUCCACGCCGGACUGGGCGCGCUGACCCAGCGGGUUUACGAAUCCGAACCUGAAGCUUCCACGCUGAGGGAGAGUGACAGCACCGAGGGCGAUGACAGCUCAGUGCUGGGAGCCGGAGGUCUGGGGGUCAAAAGGAAGGUUAUCCUCACUGAUGCCCUCGCUGAGGCUUCCUUCUCCCUGCCAGCUGUGCGCUAUGUCAUAGACACAGGCCUUCAACUCAAAACUGUUUACAAUCCACAAAUAAGAGCCAACUCUCAGGUCCUGAGGACGAUCAGCAAACACCAGGCUGACAUGCGGACUCAAAGGGUGAACAGCCGCCUUCCUGGGCUGUGUCUCCGUCUUUACCCUCAGUCUCUAUAUGAUGGGAUGGGGGAGGCUCAUUGUCCAGGGGUGGUGGAGGAAAACCUCAGCCACUUGGUGCUGCUGCUCAAGAGGCUCGAUAUCGCUGACAUGGGACAGUGCAAGUUCCUGGACAGACCGGCUCCUGAGGCUCUCAUGCAGGCCCUGGAGGACCUGGACUACUUGGCAGCGCUGGAUGAUGAUGGUAACCUGUCAGAGGUGGGCAUCAUAAUGUCGGAGCUGCCCCUGGAGCCACCGCUGGCUAAAGCCCUGAUCGCUGCCUGCGAGUAUGACUGUGUCGAUGAGCUGCUCACUAUAGCUGCCAUGCUCACAGCUCCUUCCUGCUUCGUGACAGCAGAUCCCAGCAGAGAGGAGGCCGCGGUCACACACUGGCGACCUCUAAUGCACACAGAGGGAGACCACAUGACUCUCAUUAAUAUUUAUAAAGCCUUCAUAGAGCAUAAUCAGGAUGAGGCGUGGUGCACCACAAACUUCCUCAGUCACGCCUCCUUACGAUUGGCUGUGGUGAUCAGGGCGGAGCUGCUGGAGGUGAUGCAGCGGAUAGAGCUUCCUGUUUCUCCUCCUGCUUUUGGAUGCCAAGACAACUGCACGAAUAUCAAGCGCGCCCUCAUCUCAGGAUUCUUCCUCAAAGUGGCUCAUGAUGUGGACGGCUCAGGUAACUACCUCCUGCUAACUCACCGCCAUGUGGCUCACCUGCACCCGUUCUCCUCCUAUCUGUGUCGCCAACCGUGCCCCAACCCGCCCAGCUGGGUCCUCUACCACGAAUUCACCAUCUCACGCGACAACUGCAUCCGCAUCGCCUCUGAAGUCCACCCUCAGAUGCUUGUGGAGCUCGCUCCUCAGUACUACCUGGGAAACCUGCCGUCAAGUGACGGCAAAGAGCUGCUGAUGGAGCUGAGGCAGAGUCUGGACCCUCAUUCGUACGAGCAGGACGGAGUGUCUGACGAACACGGCAGGAAUCAUAGAGACGCCGGGGGGACGGGAGAGACUCACAAUCAGUCCAGCACUGAACUCUGUGUGGUCCAAUGAGGUGGAAGAAGAGCCGGAUCAUCUCAGGAGAAGACACUAAACACACAGCUGUCACUUUAUGUUCCAUCUGAGAUUUGGUACUUUGUAUGAAUUAGUCUGAAAUCUCAUCUGACGUUGAAUUAUUUUGAUGCGUGAUUUCAAAUGGACAUUUACUGGAAAACUACUGUACAGUGAUGUAUUGUUAAUAUAUGCAGUGACUUUGGAAAAUAUUCAAACCUCUUCAUUUUCUCCUUGUUGUGUUAUGACUUCAUUUUAAUUUUUUCUUUAUUUAAUGAGGGAUUUCUGUGUUUCUGUUUAUGUAUUAUACAUACAUAUAAUAUAUUAUUGGCAAUUUUGAAUUGUAACACAACAAAACUGGACAAAGUGAUGUGGAUAGAAUACUUUAAGGGUUGUUGUUUAGAUUGCAGCAAUACUUGAGUGAGCAGAGACUCUGUUAUUGGAUGACCUUUGACCUCUAUGCAGAUGACAGAUGCUUCUCAGGGCUCACUCUGAUCUAUGAUGACACUGUAGCAGUGACUCACAGAGCUUCUAUUUUCAACUUUUUGAUACUGUUUGUAUGAUGUUUGGGUUUCCUGCUUAGAUCUUCAUUCUGCCUUUUUCUCUCCAACUUUGUAUCAAUAAUAAUAAUAAAAAACUUUGUGUGAGCCUAUUUAAUAGGAUAUGUAUGUCAAUGCAGUACUUCAGUACUUCAAAUAAAAGUGUGGUUUUUCAUGUUUAAAA